CAUCUGAUUGACUAUCGGCCGGGCGAGACGGCGAACGGCAAUCGGCAGUACAAUUCGACCCGGCGAGGAGAUCGUCCGAGAAACGUCGAUCCGCAUUUAACGAACUUCUCAACUCUCUCGAGACAGAAGAUGUCAGAUCCGGACGACAACUACGACAGCCACUAUUUCGAGGGUGUCGAAAAGCUCCUCGAGCUUUGGUUCAGGAAGCCCGCUUCGUCGAAAAACGGAGACUUGCGGGACAUUCCCAGGCAAAAAUUGGAAGCUUUGCUGAAGAUCGUCAACUGUGAAAUCAUCAGCUUUUCCAGCAACGACAGGGUGGACGCGUACGUGUUGAGUGAGAGCAGCAUGUUUGUAGCUGAGAGAAGGUUUAUUUUGAAGACUUGUGGGACGACGACCCCUUUAAAAUGUCUUAAACCUUUGUUAUGCCUUGUGGAGCAACAUGCAGGUUUCACAGAAGUGGAAGAAAUAUUUUACUCAAGGAAAAAUUUUAAAAGGCCAGAACUGCAAAAAUCACCCCACAAAAGCUUUCAAGAUGAAGUUGAUUUCUUGAAUAGUAUCUUUAAAGAUGGUGUUGGGUACUGCCUGGGAAACAGUGAUGAAGAUUGCUGGUAUCUGUAUACUCUUCAAGGCACCGACGUUAUUAAUAAUAAUAACAACAACAACAGCAAUAAUAACAACACAGAUAACAUUGAAAUUGAGCCAGAUCAAACGCUAGAAGUUCUCAUGACUGAUCUGGACCCCCAGGUGAUGUCACUUUUCACAAAGAAUUCUUGUUCAACCGCUGCUGAAGCCACUCAGAAAUCAGGCAUCGAUAAGAUUUUGCCUCAAAUGGUCAUAGAUGAUUAUUUAUUCGAGCCGUGUGGCUAUUCAAUGAACGGACUUAGUAAAAAUGGGAGCUACAUGACAAUUCAUAUAACUCCAGAACCAGAAUUUUCAUAUGUCAGCUUUGAAACAAAUGUCCCGCAAGUAUCAUACAGGGAAGUGAUCCAGAAGGUGCUUCAAGUUUUCCGCCCAGGAAAAUUCGUACUCACACUCUUCACAAAUAAGGAAUCAGUAGCCAUGGACAGCCCAGGGGUAUUGAAAAGGGGAAAGAAAUACUGCAAUUUCGGAGACUUGGAAUGCAGGGAGGUUCAAUACUGCCAGCUCCGUAAUUAUGACCUUAGCUUUGCAUUCUACAGCAAAUUCCCGAGCUGAGGGUCAAUUGAGGGUUGGUGCGUUAAGGCCAACCUUAAGUCUCACCAAGCAGUCUCCCUAGCACUUCUCCCUUUAGAUUUACUCUUUGCCUGGUGGCAAUACAAAAUUUCUUGAUUUUCAGCAUUAAAUCAAUUCAUACAAAGAAACGGUUUAUUUGAUUGGGUUCAUUUAUGACGCCUAAGUUGCUUUAAUUAUCGUUGAACCUCAUUUUAUAUUUAUUUAUGAGUGUUUCUCUUUUACGGUUUAUUCAUUUUGUUCACCUAUGAGGGUGGAAAUGGAUAGAAUAAAUGCCAGUGAUAGAAAAGAAAAAAAAUCGCAGCGUUCAGGCUGUCGGGACUGGAAGUCAUCCAACUGCUGCAAAAGAUCUGUGGCUCAUGUGCAAUCACACAAAAAUAAAGCAUGACAAAAAAUGGCAAUUUUAUCUUUACAUGAAUUUAAAAGGAAUGACAUUUUCAAAAAGCUGGUGCUUUAUUUGAUGAUUUGUUUUGUUUUGUUUAUGUAUUGACUUUUUUGAGGUACGUUUUAAUUUGUGUAUUAUUAAUUUUUAUUUUAAAGAUUAAUUUUGAUGAAAGCAAGUAUCAAAAUGCACUAUUAAAAUGUUACAUCUUCAUUAUUAUUGUAUAUCGAUUAUUAUUAUGGGCUAGUAUUUCUAAUAGUUAGUAAAUAAUACUAAUUUGUUUAAAUUGUAAUAUCUUAUUUAAUUGUUCAUUCAUUGUAGGACCAUUCAUUACUGCACAUACCAAAAAUGUUAGUUAAAUAGGUAUAAUUAAAAAUUAUCAUUCCAUUAGCAUCUUUAUAAAUAUAUAGAAUGUAUUUAUUCAAAUAUUAUUAGUCAAUAUAUGUAAUUUAGAUUCAGCAUUUUGCUAAUAUUUUAUAGAGAACAAUCAUUUGAUCAUUUUUUAGAAAUUAGAUUGUACUUUCUAUUUAUGAGACUGCUAGGGGAGAUUUGGGAGGCACCCACUAAUUUAAACAUGUGUGUAUUAUGAUUAGAUGUCAAAUAUAUGCUAUAAUUAUGAAUUGUA